AUGGGAGAAUUAGUGCACGAUAAUUUAUCGAAUUUUGCACCAUCUGACACUGGGCACACGGAAGAACUGUCUUCUUUGUUCUUAGGUUCAUCGUUUGGGAAUACAAGAUGGCACGGCGUUUCCGCGGGUUUUUUUGUCCAUGUAGAGCAUACCAAG